ACCACCCGAAAACCUCACCAAAACGACACACACGAAGGGUAACAUUUGAGCCCUGAUCUCUUUAAUUCCAUCCACGCCCCCAUUCCCAAGUGUCCUUCAUUCUUUAUUCUUUUCGUUCUCCCCAAAGGAAAAAAAAUAAAAAUAAAAAGCCGUUUCAGCAAUUGUAGCUGGAAGUUCUUGAGGUACUAGCUCGCAGCUACUAGCGAGCUGAGAAUUGGAAGUUGUUUUGGUCAAUUCUCGGCCUAAUUUGGGAGAGUGGUUGUUGCCGGCGAUCUGAGUUCAGGAAUGCAGAAGAUGGGGACGGACGACGGGAAGGGCGGCGACCACCCGUCGGACAUCAUCGAGACCGAGAGCAUCGGCAGCGAUCGGGUCGCCCACAGCGGGCCGCUGAGCAAGCGCGGCAGCCGGAAGAGCGCCCGCUUCAACCUCCCGGAAUCCGCCGCCGGCGAUGACGAGCAGUACGUGGAGAUCACGCUGGAUGUCCGCGACGACUCCGUGGCGGUGCACAGCGUGAAGCCGGCGGCGGGCGGGGAGGUGGAGGACCCGGAGGUGACGCUGCUGGCCCGGACGCUGGAGAAGCAGUCCGGCUCCAUCGGGUCGGCGGUGUUACGGAGCGCGUCGUCCCGGAUCCGGCAGGUGUCGCAGGAGCUCAAGCGGCUGGCCUCGUUCAACAAGAGGCCCGGGCCGGGCCCGAUCGACCGGUCCAAGUCGGCCGCCGCGCACGCGCUCAAGGGUCUCAAGUUCAUCAGCAAGACCGACGGCGCCGCCGGCUGGCCCACCGUCGAGAAGCGCUUCGACGAACUCGCCGUCGACGGUGCCCUCCCCCGCUCCCUCUUCGGCCAGUGCAUAGGCAUGAAGGAGUCCAAGGAGUUCGCGGGAGAGCUGUUCGACGCGCUGGCGAGGAGGAGAAAUAUAAUCGGCGACUCGAUCACCAAAGCGGAGCUGAGGGAGUUCUGGGACCAGAUAUCGGACCAGAGCUUCGACUCCAGGCUCCAGACCUUCUUCGACAUGGUGGACAAGAAUGCGGAUGGACGGAUUGGGGAAGAAGAGGUCAAAGAGAUCAUCUCUCUUAGCGCCUCAGCAAACAAACUCUCCAAGAUCCAAGAACAGGCGGAGGAGUACGCCCGCCUCAUUAUGGAAGAAUUGGACCCCAAUAAUCUUGGCUACAUCGAGAUAUACAAUUUGGAGAUGCUUCUGUUGCAAGUCCCGAACAAAUCGAUCCGGAUCGGGACGACCAACAGCAGGAACCUGAGCCAGAUGCUGAGCCAGAAACUGAAACCGACUGAGGAGCCAAACCUACUCCGGCGGUGGUACCAGUGGAGCAGGUACUUCCUGGAGGACAACUGGAAGCGGGUGUGGGUGAUCGCGCUGUGGCUCGCCAUCUGCGCCGGCCUCUUCACCUGGAAGUUCAUCCAGUACCGGCAGCGGGCGGUGUAUCAUGUCAUGGGCUACUGUGUCUGCGUCGCCAAGGGCGGUGCCGAGACCCUCAAGUUCAACAUGGCUCUCAUCCUCCUCCCUGUCUGCCGUAACACCAUCACCUGGCUCCGCAACAAGACCAAACUCGGUGCCGCCCUCCCAUUCGACGACAACCUCAACUUCCAUAAGGUGAUUGCGGUGGGCAUCGCCGUCGGCGUGGGAUUGCACGCAAUCUCGCACUUGACCUGCGACUUCCCUCGGCUCCUGCAUGCGAGCGACGCGGCUUACGUUCCGAUGAAGCCAUUCUUCGGGGACACGAGGCCGAACAACUACUGGUGGUUCGUCAAGGGAACGGAGGGGUGGACCGGGAUCACCAUGGUGGUGUUGAUGACCAUCGCCUUCACUCUGGCCACCCCGUGGUUCCGCCGCGGCCGGGUCAGGCUUCCCAAGCCCCUGAACCGGCUCACCGGCUUCAAUGCCUUUUGGUACUCCCAUCACCUCUUCGUCAUCGUCUACGUCCUCCUAAUUAUCCACGGCACCUUCCUCUACCUCACCCAUCAAUGGUACAAGAAAAGCACUUGGAUGUACUUGGCGAUCCCGAUGAUCAUAUACGGGGCUGAGCGGCUGAUCAGAGCGUUCAGAUCGAGCGUGAGACCCGUGAAGAUACUGAAGGUAGCGGUGUACCCCGGGAACGUGCUGGCUCUCCACGUGUCGAAGCCUCAGGGCUUCAAGUACCGGAGCGGCCAGUACACAUUCGUCAACUGCGCUGCCGUGUCUCCUUUCCAAUGGCACCCGUUCUCGAUCACUUCAGCUCCGCAAGAUCAUUACCUCAGCGUCCACAUUCGGACGCUCGGCGAUUGGACCCGACAGCUCAAAACGGUUUUCUCCCAGGUGUGCCAGCGACCUGCCGAUGGGAAAAGCGGGCUUCUGAGAGCCGACUGCGAUGGCGACGCUAACAGCUCCAUUCCGAGCAUGCCCCGGGUGCUGAUAGAUGGACCCUAUGGAGCGCCGGCCCAGGACUACAAGAAGUACGACGUAGUUCUGCUGGUGGGGCUGGGCAUCGGCGCCACCCCCUUCAUCAGCAUUCUCAAGGAUAUUGUGAACAACAUGAAGCAGCUGGAAUUGGAAGGCCUGCUCGACUCCGAGGGCGAUCGCGAUCUAGAAAACGCCGUCGUCGGCGAGGGCAGCAGCACCAAGGGAGCUGGAGGCAGCAGUCACAGGCCCAGCGGAACGACGUUCAAUACCAGAAGGGCCUACUUCUACUGGGUGACGAGAGAGCAGGGGUCUUUUGAGUGGUUCCGUGGGGUGAUGAACGAGGUGGCGGAGACGGACAAGAAGGGGGUGAUAGAACUUCACACCUACUGCACGAGCGUAUACGAAGAAGGGGACGCCCGGUCGGCCCUUAUCACGAUGCUGCAGUCCCUGAACCACGCCAAGCACGGGGUGGACGUGGUUUCCGGAACACGCGUCAAGUCCCACUUCGCCCGUCCCAACUGGCGCAACGUCUACAAGCGCAUCGCCCUCAACCACCGCGACCAGCGCAUUGGAGUGUUCUAUUGCGGAGCGCCGACGCUGACGAAGCAGCUGCGCCAACUGGCGCUGGAUUUCUCCCGGAAGACCACCACCAAGUUCGACUUCCACAAGGAGAACUUCUAGACCAGAGCCUCCACCAUCUCAUUAGCAAGAUAUAUAGCAUACCAUAUACAAGCGUCCUACAAUAGUAGCAGCAGGCAUGGAUACCCAACCACCGUGGAAUCCAAUUAGCUGGCCAUGGAAAUCACUCCCCCUCUUUUGUACAGUUCCUCCAUCUGUUAGAUUUUUUUGAGAAAAAUAGGUUGCUUUGAAGAACCAAAGCUGGCAUCCAAGUUCUACCGGGGCGGCUUUGACAGAAAUGGCACCGAACACGUUUUCUGGCGUGGAGGUGCUUGAAGGGACCGGUAUUUGGUCAGCAUACGAGGCUUUGUAUUCAAUGGGAGUGGUUGAGCGCGUUGUUGAGAUUGCAAAACUUCCAGAAGGUCCACCAGAGUAACUUGGAAUAUAUAUCGUCUCUGUGUUGAUAGUUGUACCCGGCUGCAGGAAGGCUCAGCGCUGCUCCAUUAAUAAGAUACUAAAAACGUUUAUCAUAAA